GCGGCUUCACUACUCGAUGAGUACAUUUAACCCGCACUCAUUUCUCCAACUGCAGCUUUUCUCUCUCGCUCGCUCUCUCUCUCUCUCUCUCUUAUCCUACUAACGACUUGGCAUCGCCCGGUUUUAUCUGUUUGAGCAGCGAGAUCGCCACUGCAGUUUCCUCUGAAUGGGCAGCUACUGAUGCGAACUUUCAGCUGUACAUCACAUUCAGCCCGGCUGUAUCUCUGACUGCAGCCCCUUGGAGUUUGUGCUCUUGUCCUUGGUGCUGAAACUCAGCGUUCACGCUAGAGCUCUGCAUUCUAAUUGGACUUGUCUGUAGCCUUAACACCGUGGUGUGUAUUAGCGCGUGGGGAUCUUCACAUUUAUUUAUUACAAAAUAAUUUUACAAGUUAUUUAAAAUCACAAUCGGUGAGUGAUUCAAUUUCUUUGAAGAAGCUGUAACAGAACUUACAAUACCAUUUACAAAUUACUGAGGUAUUUAUUUUAUUUCUUUUGUAUAAUCGGGUUUCAAAAACAGACAGAGAGAAAAGGAGAACUGGAGCUUGUUUUUUUAUACAUCAAGAUUAAACGCUACACUGAAGGAAGAAUAAACUUUUUCAGACAUUGGAUGAAUAUUUCCGAAGCUCUGUUGGAUGUUCCUACUGGAUAGGCUGUGAUUGUCGCAUUUUUGUGAGUCGAACUUGGCCGAACCCAAAUGAGAGUUUGAAAGCUCCUAGCUCGGGAGAAAGCGCUCUUUUUUCCCCCGAUGGAGGCGUCCACCCACGGCGCGUGCUCCGGCUCCGGCUUUGGCAUCGACUCUCUGCUGUCCCACAGACCCGGAAGUCCGGUGGUGGUCGUCGCCAAGGCUAACGGCGGCUUGGAGGGAGAAUGCCGGUCUCCGCCCGAGUUCAGCGCCGCGUCGGACGCGGAGAGCGUAUGCUCGAGCCCGCCGUCGCCGAGACGCGAAGAGGAGGAGCGCGACGAAGACGAGGAGCGCGAGGCGCAUGAGCAAAGGCGAGGCCGCGCUCUCGCACUGCCGUCCCACACGCAUCACGGCCCGGUCUCCGCUGCGCCCCAGCCACGCACGGUCACCUCCUCCUUCCUGAUCAGAGACAUCCUGGCCGAUUGCAAGCCGCUAGCCGCGUGCGCGCCUUAUUCCAGCAACGGGCAACCGACGCACGAGGCGAGCAGGUUAGCUUCCAAAGUGGCGGACGAGUUCAUCGAGAAAAUACACAGCAACUCGUCCUCAGACGGAGAAUACAAUAAAGUGAAAGAAGAGGGAGACAGAGAGAUCUCCAGCAGCAGAGACAGUCCCCAGGUGCGACUAAAGAAGCCGCGGAAAGCGCGCACCGCCUUCACUGACCACCAGCUCGCACAACUCGAGCGAAGCUUUGAGCGCCAGAAGUACCUGAGCGUGCAGGACCGCAUGGAGCUCGCGGCCUCUCUCAACCUCACCGACACGCAGGUGAAGACCUGGUACCAAAACAGAAGGACAAAAUGGAAAAGGCAGACGGCGGUGGGACUGGAACUCUUAGCGGAAGCCGGGAAUUACUCUGCCUUACAGAGGAUGUUUCCGUCGCCGUAUUUCUACCCGCAAGGUCUGGUGUCGGGUCUGGACCCCGGAGCGGCUGCGUUGUCCUACCUGUGCCGGGGCGCCGGAGCUCCUCCCCCCGCUGCUCCUGCAGCUCUACAGCGGCCUCCGCUCGUACCGCGGAUCCUCCUGCACGGGCUGCAGGGCGGACACGAGCCUCCGCCGCCUCUCCCCCCGUUGCCCGGGGUGGUACUGCCCAGACCCACCCCACCCCGAUGAGCUGUCCCGGCUCGGACUUUACUCUUGACCAUAGACUGGACACUUGGUCUAUAAGACACACACACACAUACACACACACACACACACACCUGGCAGCUCUGGACUUUAACCUUACUAUUGACUAAAGGAUUGAGAAUAUAUAUUAUAUCAAAAAGCCAAUAUAUAUGCUUCUUAAAUGAAGAAGCAAACUGUAAGUUAAUGAUAUUGUUACCGCUAUUAGUCAUAAUUUAUGUAAUUAUUUAUGCCCUUUUUUGUAUUUAACUUAUAUAUUUAUAUAGGAUUAUUCUGUUAUUAUUUAUGUUCAGAAAAAAAAGAAAUGUUUCAAAAAUGUUUCUAACGGACGCAAUAAUAACAAAUAGAACAAACCACAUG